AUGCUUUUGCAGCUGAACUCCUUUGAACAGUUGUGCAUUAACUACACAAAUGAAAAGCUGCAACAGCUCUUUAAUCACACAAUGUUUAUCCUGGAGCAAGAAGAAUAUCAGCGAGAAGGAAUUGAAUGGAACUUUAUUGAUUUUGGCCUUGACUUGCAACCUUGCAUUGACCUAAUUGAAAAAUCUGCUAGCCCUCCAGGUAUUCUUGCUCUGCUUGAUGAAGAGUGCUGGUUCCCGAAAGCCACUGACAAGUCAUUUGUGGAGAAAGUGGUGCAGGAGCAGGGAACCCAUCCUAAGUUCCAGAAACCUAAGCAGCUGAAAGACAAAGCUGACUUCUGCAUUAUUCAUUAUGCUGGAAAAGUGGACUACAAAGCAAAUGAAUGGCUGAUGAAAAAUAUGGACCCCCUGAACGAUAACAUCGCCACCUUACUGCAUCAGUCUUCUGAUAAGUUUAUAGCUGAUCUCUGGAGGGAUGUGGACCGCAUUGUUGGACUGGAUCAAGUUGUAGAGAUGUCCCAUACAGCAUUGCCUGGUGCAUUCAAAACCAAAAGGGGCAUGUUCCGUACAGUUAGUCAACUUUACAAAGAGCAGCUCUCGAAAUUGAUGGCCACACUGAGGAACACCAACCCUAAUUUUGUACGCUGCAUUAUUCCUAACCACGAGAAGAAGUCCGGAAAACUGGAAGCUCACCUUGUUCUGGAUCAGUUACGAUGCAAUGGUGUCCUUGAGGGUAUUCGAAUCUGCAGACAGGGGUUUCCCAACAGGAUUGUGUUCCAGGAAUUCCGUCAAAGAUAUGAAAUCCUUACUCCUAAUUCAAUUCCUAAAGGUUUCAUGGAUGGAAAGCAGGCUUGUGUACUUAUGAUCAAAGCUCUAGAGUUGGAUCCCAACCUGUACCGGAUUGGACAGAGUAAGGUGUUCUUCCGUGCUGGUGUAUUGGCUCAUCUUGAGGAAGAGCGAGACUUGAAGAUCACAGAUGUCAUCAUUGAAUUCCAAGCCUUGUGCAGAGGCUAUUUGGCAAGAAAGGCAUUUGCUCGACGCCAGCAACAGUUGAAUGCCAUGAAAGUGAUACAGAGGAACUGUGCUGCUUACCUGAAACUGCGUAAUUGGCAGUGGUGGAGACUGUUCACAAAGGUGAAGCCAUUGCUUCAGGUGAGUCGACAAGAGGAGGAAAUGAUUGCCAAAGAGGAUGAGUUGAUGAAAACUAAGGAGAAACACUUGCAAGCAGAGAAGAGAUUGUCUGAACUGGAGGAGCAACAGACCCAGUUGUUGUCUGAGAAGUCUGCUCUGCAGGAGCAGCUACAGGCUGAGACUGAGCUCUGUGCUGAGGCAGAGGAGAUGAGGGCACGACUUGCAGCUAAGAAGCAGGAGCUGGAAGAGAUCCUUCAUGAUCUGGAAGCACGAGUGGAGGAGGAGGAGGAACACUGUCAGCAGCUAAUAACCGAUAAGAAGAAAAUGCAACAAACCAUCCAGGAAUUGGAGGAACAGCUAGAAGAGGAGGAGGCAACACGACAAAGGCUGCAGCUGGAAAAGAGUGCUGUUGAUUCUAAGAUGAAGACUAUGAGUGAUGAAAUCUUUCUACUGGAAGAUCAGAGCAAUAAACUCAUGAAGGAAAAAAAACUUAUGGAGGAGAGGAUAGCAGAGUUCACCACUAACCUGGCAGAAGAGGAGGAGAAGUCCAAAAGUCUGACCAAACUCAAGACUAAACAUGAAACCAUGAUUACAGACCUAGAAGAUCGUUUGAAGAGAGAGGAAAAGCUGCGACAAGAAUUGGAGAAGAAUCGCCGUAAAUUGGAGGGAGACUCGUCUGAUUUACAUGACCAGAUUUCUGAACUACAGCAACAGAUUGCAGAACUCCGUACACUCUUAGCUAAGAAAGAAGAGGAGCUCCAGGCUGCACUGUCCAGAAUAGAUGAAGAAGCUACACAGAAGAAUAUUGCCCUGAAGAAAAUCCGUGAACUGGAAUCUCACAUUAGUGAGCUGCAGGAGGAUUUAGAAUCUGAGAAAGUUGCUAGAGCUAAGGCUGAUAAACAGAAAAGAGAUCUUGGUGAGGAGCUGGAGGCUUUGAAAACGGAACUGGAAGAUACACUUGACUCUACAGCUGCCCAGCAAGAACUCAGAGCAAAGCGGGAGCAAGAAGUGAGUCAGAUGAAGAGAGCCCUGGAAGAUGAAGCAAAGACCCAUGAAUUGCAGAUCCAGGAAAUGAGACAAAAACACUCCCAGGUUGUGGAAGAUCUGUCUGAGCAAUUAGAACAGACAAAAAGGUUCAAAACUGGACUGGAGAAAGCCAAACAGGCCCUGGAGAAUGAACGCAAUGAGAUUAGCACUGAAGUGAAGCGUCUGAUGCAGGCUAAAGCUGAAUCUGAGCACAAGCGGAAGAAGGUGGAGACCCAAUUGCAGGAGCUCCAGGUUAAAAAUACAGAUGGGGAUCGGUCUCGAACUGAACUCGCUGAGAAAGUUAGCAAGUUACAGAGUGAGUUGGACAAUGUUACUUCCCUGAUGAGUCAGGCGGAAAGCAAGGCCAUUAAACUAACCAAGGACCACAGCACCCUGGAAUCCCAGCUACAGGACGCACAGGAACUGCUUCAAGAGGAGACACGACAGAAGUUGGCUUUUAGUACCAAGUUGAGACACGUGGAAGAUGAGAACAGUCGCCUCCAAGAGCAGCUUGAAGAGGAAGAAGAAGCAAAGAGAAACCUGGAGAAACAGAUUGCCAGCAUCCACACUCAAUUAGCAGAGUCUAAGAAGCGCCAGGAAGAUGGGAAUGCAUCACUGGAACUUGCCGAGGAAGGUAAGAGAAAGCUACAAAAAGAUAUGGAAGUCUUGACUCAGCGUUAUGAAGAGAAAACAGCUGCCUAUGACAAAUUAGAAAAGACCAAGAACCGUCUGCAGCAGGAGCUGGAUGAUCUGAUUGUGGGUCUGGACCACCAAAGGCAGGCUGUUUCCAAUCUUGAGAAGAAACAAAAGAAAUUUGACCAGAUGCUGACUGAAGAAAAGAACAUCUCCUUAAAGAACGCAGAGGAACGGGAUCGUGCACAGGCAGAAGCACGGGAGAAAGAGACCAAAACUUUGUCACUGACUCGUGCCUUGGAGACAGCUAUGGAGCAGAAAGAAGAGAUGGAGAAAAUGAGCAAGCUGCUGCGUGCAGAGAUGGAAGACCUUGUUAGCUCCAAGGAUGAUGCAGGAAAGAAUGUGCAUGAGCUGGAAAAGUCAAAACGUGCUCUGGAGCAGCAGGUGGAAGAGAUGAAAACUCAACUGGAAGAGCUGGAGGAUGAGCUCCAAGCCACUGAAGAUGCUAAGCUACGACUGGAAGUAAACCUGCAAGCCAUGAAAACUCAGUUUGACAGGGACCUGCUGAGUAAGGACGAGCAGAGUGAGGAAAAGAGGAGACAGCUAAUUAAGCAGGUUCGUGAAAUGGAGAGUGAACUGGAAGACGAGCGGAAGCAGCGUUCCAUAGCCAUUACCGCCAAGAAGAAGCUGGAAAUGGAUUUGAAGGAUUUGGAGGGACAAAUCGAAACAUCAAACAAAGGUCGUGAUGAAGCCUUGAAGCAGUUCCGCAAACUACAAGCUCAGCUUAAAGACUACCAGCGUGAACUGGAAGAAGCUUGCAGCUCUCGAGAGGAAAUCCUGACUCAGUCCAAAGAAAAUGAGAAGAAGCUCAAGGCACUUGAGGCAGAAAUGCUUCACAUCCAGGAGGAACUUGCUGCAGCAGAGCGUGCCAAGCGACUGAUACAGCAGGAGAGGGAUGAGCUGGCUGAGGAGAUUGCCAGCAACAGUUCUGGAAAAUCUUUGGCUCUAGAAGAAAAGAGACGGCUUGAGGCCAGGAUUGCUCAACUGGAGGAGGAGGUAGAGGAAGAGCAGACCAAUGCUGAAAUGGCCAAUGAUCGCCUCAGAAAAGCUAAUCUCCAGGUUGACCAGAUAAAUGCAGAUCUUUCAGCUGAACGCAGCAAUGCCCAGAAGGCUGAAAAUGCUCGCCAGCAAUCAGAACGACAGAAUAAGGAGCUGAAAGCCAAGUUGCAAGAGAUGGAGAAUGCUGUUAGAUCUAAAUACAAGGCAAACAUCACAGCACUAGAGGCCAAAAUUGCUCAACUGGAGGAGCAGCUUGAUGCAGAGACACGGGAAAAACAAGCUGCCAGUAAAUUAGUGCGUCGUUCUGAAAAGAGGCUGAAGGAGGUGAUGCUGCAGAUGGAGGAUGAAAGACGCAAUGCUGAUCAAUACAAAGACCAGGUGGAAAAAGCAAACUCCCGUUUGAAGCAAUUGAAACGACAGCUGGAGGAGGCAGAAGAGGAAGCCCAGCGUGCGAAUGCUUCCCGCAGAAAACUGCAGCGAGAACUGGAAGAUACUACUGAAACUGCAGAUGCAAUGACCCGUGAAGUCAGCGCACUCAAGAGCAAGCUCAGGCGUGGGGAUGUGCCAUUCACUGUGCGUCGUACCGCAGGCAGAAAACUGGAUGAAAUUUCGGAUGAUGAUGUUGAAGGUCGAAGUGAUGCAGGAGAUUCCAAAGCUGCUGAAUAAAUGCCAAAAUGCCAACCUGCAUUCGCAGUGUAAAUGCCAUCAUUGGGCCAAUUGUGAUUAUGAUUUUUUAAAAAGUGCAUAGCUGUGUAUUUUAUGCUGCUGUAGGUAACACCAGGGCACUUGUCCCCUCUUCUUUCCCGCUCAGCUUUAUAUAACUUCUUUCUGAAUAAUUUUGUAAUGUGCUAAUAGCAUACAACAGUUAUUGUGUAUCAGGAAGAAUAAGGUUCAUCGUACAUGCAGCAGCAGACCCAGUGAAGGAGGGUUAAGACCUAACCCUUAUGUAGAAUUACGUUUCUUAAAAUUAAUUGCAGCUCUAUAAUUCUCAGCUUGUGACCUGACCUAGCCUGGAAUUGAGCCUAUGGAGCAAUACUUUUCAUUGUCUUUAAAAGAAGAGUUUUUGUCCUUGUUUUACUUUGGUUAUGUUUUUAGUAUUGUGAUUUAGGAUUGUAGAAUUCCAUUGGGCAAGAGGCUCCUGAAACUUGUGUCUAGUUUUAGAUGACAAAUGCACGUUGUUUUGACAAUCCUUUAUAACCAUUUGGGGAUCAUGCAGCAAAAGUUAAUUCACUGGUUCAGAAACAUCAAUGGGUGUUGUACAAAUGGCAUAGUGAUGAUCUGAAAACUCAAUUCUGAGGAAAGCAUUGAUAUGUACUAACAGCAGUUCUGCCUCAUUGAAAGUAUUUCAUAUUUGAAGUCUUGCUGCUUGGAGUUAGUCCCUUGUGGGGAGCAGGCUACCCAAUCACUGCCGGAGAGGUUUCAGUGGCAUUGAGAACAGAAUUUUCUCUCUUCCUGCUGAUGUGAAUUGGCUCAGGUAGUAACAGAAAACAAUUAACAUCUAACUGGAAACCUCUUUUUUCAGUUUACCUUUGUCCAUGCUGAUUUGAGGCCUAGCAAACCAGUGUGCUUUCCCUAACACCCUUUUGUUUUCUGUGAAUUAAUUGUGACAAUCUUCAUUUACUAGCUUUAGUUUUUGGGAUCUAUUGAUGGAAUGGUCUAUUUUCAUGGAAAAAUAUAUCAUUUUUCCUCCAGUCAGUCUCUAUUAAUGUUUUCAAGUAAUGAACUUAUUCAAAGAGUCAACUCCAGAACAUGCAGUUAGCAUGGGCAUCCAUCUUAACUUAAAAGUAAGGCUUCUAACCAGUACUCCUUGUUCUCUGUGGUACACCUUUUGAGUGGUUUAAAAAUGCAAACUACAAUUCCUGCUUAAAUCGGUUAUUUGUUGAGCAUUCUGCUUGGUUCAGAAUGUCCAUUUGAAAUCCUUGGUCAAGAGCAGUGCAGAACUGGUUUAUGGGGGAGGAUGUACAUGUUCACUAAUAGUCCAGACAAUACAAAUCAAAUCUGGCCAGUUCCAAGACUUGACUUCUCUGCAAAUGUUUUAUUGUGCAAUGACAUCCCAAGAAGACUGUUGAAAGGAAACCCAUAGAUAUAUAUAUUCAUUUUUAUCUAAAUGACAAUUGCUUCAUAGUUGUUUUGGAAAGGUUUUUGAUAAUCUGUUGGCUAUACUGGAUUUGUAAAAUGACUUCAUUUCCUGUGAUUCUUUUAAGGACCAAAUAUAUAUUUAAACAAGGAAAUAUAUAAUCAAGAAAAAUUUGGUAAUGGAUUCUCGUUUUUAUAUAUAUGCAUAUAAUGUAACCAUUUGCUCUGGCCAAUCAUGAUUUUUUUUUUUCUGAGCACUGGCCUCCAAUUAAAAUAAAACUGGAAAAUGUGCUAAAUCUCGAACUGCACAGUUUUAAACUCCAUGCCCAGUUCUAGUAAGAGAUGCAGUGUUCUCUGGGUACAACAAUCCUGGAUCCAUCUUCCCUCAUUCACUGAAUUGUUUGGGACCUUGGUUUGAUAUGUUUUACAUACACAACACACUAGUAUUGGGCUAAGAGAGGAAAAAGUGUCUCACUUUCCUAAAUGCUGCAACAUUUAUCUUGCGCACAGGAAAAUUUGCUCCAUUUUUCUUCCUGUAAGGUUUGCUACAGAAACUGGUUGAAUUCUUAACAGACACAUACGCACUGUCAUAUUUUUAUAAAAGUGCCUUAAACAUGUGUCACGCCAGUGCCGCUAAACUGAAUUGUAACAGUGGUUUGCAGAUGUUACCACAAAUGUGUUACAAAUAAAGAUUUAUUGAAAAA